CUCAGUUCUGUUGUGACGAGUAACAGUCGUGAAGCCCGAUUAUGUUUUGUUGUACUAUGCUACUAUAGGUGAUUGAUGGGAUCUGUGUUGCGGCUGGCGUGGACCGUUGUGUCGACGAUCUCAUUGCGGGGCUACAAUGCUGUCCGAACCGUCGGUGUUGUGUCGGGCCGAUAUCUCCACUGGAGUGAAGCCCUUCUUUCCAGCGGGAACAAUAAACAGUGCGAUGCCGGUACGCAAAGACUGGAACUCACAGUUGAAGAAUGGCGGCGUAAGCUGACACCAGAACAGUAUUAUGUCUGCAGACAGAAGGGAACUGAAGCGCCCUUCACAGAUUCAGAAACGAAGUACGAUUCUGGUUCGGGUUGGCCAUCAUUCUACGAAGCCAUGAAAAUGGGAGGUUCUGGUUCCAACGUGGUUAGCAAAGUGGACACCUCACAUGGAAUGGUGCGGGUGGAGGUACUCUGUAAACAGUGUGAUUCCCACCUUGGUCACGUGUUCGACGAUGGUCCUCGCCCAACAGGGAAAAGAUUCUGCAUAAACAGUGCUUCUCUCGACUUCAUACCGGACAAACCUAAAAGCUAAACAAGUAUAAAAGCUUUGAGGUAGAGCACAUUCGAUAUCGGUGUCAUAUACAUAAAAUGAAAUCAAUGAUUCUCAGUGACCUUGUGCAGACGCACAAAUCGAGAUGGUGGAAGCCGAUUUCCAUUAGCCGUUCACAGGGAAUGAUUCAUCACUUGAGCUGUAUCGCAAUAUUUUUACCGCUGAAUGUU